CUUCCCGCGGGCCCGUCCCCCGCUCCAGGGCUACCGUCUCCAGAAGCCUUGCCCGCCGUCCAGCUCCUCCGCCGAUGUCCGUCGCGUCCGUGGCCGCCCUCCGGACCGCCGGCGGUUCCGGCCGCCGCCGCGGCGCGGGUUCGCCGCAGGUCGGCCUCAACGGGGGCAGGUUCCUGAUGAUGCAGAGGAGGGAGCUGGUGACCAAGGCCGGGAUCGCGCUCGCCGUCUCCUGCUCGAUGGCCACCUCCCCCGCCUCCGCCGCUGGCUCCGCGCAAGGGCUGGAGAUUCUGCCGUUCAAACCGGACGGGUACAACUUCUGGACGUGGCGCGGCCGCCGGAUUCACUACGUCGAGCAAGGCGCCGGGCAACCCAUCGUGCUCAUCCACGGCUUCGGCGCUUCCGCCUUCCAUUGGAGGUACAACAUCCCGGAGCUGGCGAAGAAGUACAAGGUGUACGCCAUCGACCUGCUGGGGUUCGGCUGGAGCGAGAAGGCGCUGGUGGACUACGAGGCCACCAUCUGGAUGGAGCAGGUCUCCGACUUCCUCAGGGAGAUCGUCAAGGAGCCAGCCGUCCUCGUAGGCAACAGUCUAGGAGGCUUCACGACGCUGUUCACGGCGACCGAGGUGCCUGAGCUGGUCCGGGGCGUCGUGCUGCUCAACUCCGCCGGCCAGUUCGCCGAUCCCAACAAGCCGGCCGCCGCGCCGGCCGAGGAGGAGGGGGAGGGCAGCCCGCUGUCCAGGUUCGUCGUGAAGCCGCUCAAGGAGGCCUUCCAGCGGGUGGUGCUGGGGUUCCUCUUCUGGCAGUCGAAGCAGCCGGCCAGGGUGGAGAAAGUCUUGAAAAGCGUCUACAUCGACUCGAGCAACGUCGAUGAGUACCUGGUGGGGUCGAUCACGGCGCCGACGGCGGACCCGAACGCCGGCGAGGUGUACUACCGGCUGAUGUCGCGGUUCAUGUCGAACCAGAGCCGGUACACGCUGGACCGGCUGCUGGGGAAGCUGGCGUGCCCGCUGCUGCUGCUGUGGGGGGACCUGGACCCGUGGGUCGGCCCGGCCAAGGCCGCGCGGAUCCAGGAGUUCUACGCCGACACCGCCGUCGUGCACCUGCAGGCCGGCCACUGCCCGCACGACGAGGCGCCGGAGCAGGCGAACCGGGCGCUGCUCGAGUGGCUCGCCGCCCUCGACGCCCGCGCCACGCCGGCCGAGCCCAGCCUCCAGACCGUCUGA